AUGACGUUAAAAAUAGCUGCGCAAGCCUCUGAAAAUGAUAAACAUGAAUGGGAUAUCAAUCAUAUUCUAUAUUAUAAAGGGAAAUUGUACAGUGGGUCAGAUGAUGGCAAAAUUAAAGUAUGGUCUACAAAAUUAAAUCUGGAAGCAGAAGUACAAGCACAUCCUUGUUCAGUUUAUUACUUAGCUGCCAAUGAAGAUUCCUUAUAUUCGUGUUCUAAUGAAGGCACAAUUAAAACUUGGGACUUGGAAACAUUAAAAGAAAAAAACACGAUUGAUCAAGACGAAAAUACGGAAUUUUGGGCAAUUGCUUUUCUGAAUGGAUGCCUUUUUGCUGGAGACCAAAGUGGAAAUAUCAGAGCAUAUAAGGAUAACAAAUUCUAUGGAGCAUUUGGUAUUGCCGAGCCUAUCAAAGAUAUGGCAACAGAUAACAACUCAACAAUUUUUUCGUCAAACAUUUUGGAUGUUGUCAUUACCAAAGUUUAUGUUGAAAGGGAAAAAAUCCAGUACGGGGCGAAGGCAUCAAUUGACGGAAAGGCCCCAUUAGCACUUGUGGGCAAUAAAUUAUGUUUCUCGAGCCGCGACGGUAAAAGUAUUAUUGUCCAUAAAAAUGAUGAAGUAGAGAUUUACCCAAGAUUAACUGAACAGAAAGACGCCCAUGAACUGAUGAUCAAUUCCAUGGCUGGUGCUACCUUGAAAGGAGAAGACAUUCUGUUCACAGCUGGUUGGGAUAAAACGUUGAAAAGGUGGCGAGUGGAUGACGAGAGUAUUAAAGCGGUUGAAAAUAUGAGCUUGAGCUUUGUCGUCACUAAAAUGACAGUGGGGGAUGAUGGGCAAUUGUUUGUUGGUGGAGAAAAUGGGGUACUUGUGAGGGUUGAUGUGAGCUAG